GCUUGAGAAUAUAAAAGGUCUCAGCCCCCCCAAAACCUUUUUACUUUGGCCACGAGGAUUUUCCCAUAGCUUUCUGGAGUCAGAGUACUGGAGUUAAGGCCAGCCAGGAUGAUGCCUUACAGAGAGAGACACAUGUGUCCUGGCCUAUCCCCACUGCCAGCUGCCAGCCCUCGCUGUGUGAUCCGAGGAGCAGCCUUUGCCUAUACACCCAGUCCUCAGGUUCUACACCGGAUUCCUGGAGCCCCAGCCUAUGCCUUCCCCACCAUGGGGCCAGGGGCCCUUCCUGAGUGUGGCUGUCUAUGUGGAGACACCCUGGAACGCUAUGAGCCAGACCCACUGCCCCCCAAGUUGGCCCUGGAGGACACACAGAAGCCAGGUGCUGGGGCAUCCCAGCGGCUCCACUCAGCCUGUGUCACCCUUCUCAAGAUUCCCAUGAUGCUCGUCUUCCUCUAUCUCUUUGUCUGCUCCUUGGAUGUGCUCAGCUCAGCUUUCCAGCUGGCUGGGGGGAAGGUGGCUGGAGAUAUCUUCAAGGACAACGCCAUCUUGUCUAAUCCUGGCGGCCUGGUGGUGGGGAUUCUGGUGACUGUCCUUGUGCAGAGCUCCAGCACGUCUACCUCCAUCAUCGUCAGCAUGGUCUCCUCAGGCUUGCUAGAAGUCAAGUCAGCCAUUCCCAUUGAUGGCUCCAACAUUGGCACAUCUGUCACCAACACCAUCGUGGCCUUAAUGCAGGCUGGAGAUAGGAGUGACUUCCGAAGGUCUUUUGCAGGGGCUACAGUCCAUGACUGCUUUAACUGGCUAUCAGUUCUUGUCCUGUUGCCCCUGGAGGCAGCUACUGGCUACCUGCACCACCUCACGCACCUGGUGGUCACUUCCUUCAAAAUCCGAGGUGGCCGAGAUGCUCCAGACCUGCUUAAGAUCAUCACUGAGCUCACCCGACUCAUUAUCCAGUUGGAUAAAUCGGUGAUCAAUAGCAUCGCCACAGGAGACGAGACACUUCGAAACCACAGCCUCAUCCGGAUUUGGUGUGACCCCAGUCCCCCCUCAGAGGUUAUUACUGACAUGCCCCGGGCAGAUGCCAAUAUCAGCUGGACCCUGGGGAACACCACUGGGGAGAAAUGUCAGCAUCUAUUUGUGGACACCUCAUUGCCCGACCUGGCUGUGGGCCUAAUCCUGCUUGCUGGCUCCCUCACCCUCCUAUGCACCUGCCUUAUCCUUCUGGUGAAGCUGCUGAACUCUGUGCUCCAGGGACAGGUAGCCAAGGUGGUCCAGACGGUCAUCAACACUGGUGAAUUUCACCACAUCCCUUCAACCUGGGUGACUGGCUACUUCGCCAUGGUGGUGGGUGCUGGCAUGACUUUUGUGGUGCAGAGUAGCUCCGUGUUCACUUCAGCCAUCACCCCACUCAUUGGUCUGGGCGUGAUCAGCAUCGAACGAGCCUAUCCCCUCACCCUAGGCUCCAACAUUGGCACUACCACCACUGCCAUCCUUGCCGCCCUUGCCAGCCCCAGAGAAAAGCUCUCCAGUGCCUUCCAGAUUGCCCUGUGCCACUUCUUUUUCAAUAUCUCUGGCAUCUUGCUGUGGUACCCAAUACCAUGCACACGGCUGCCCAUCCACAUGGCCAAAGCCCUGGGCCGGCGCACUGCCAAGUACCGCUGGUUUGCCGUGCUCUACCUGCUGAUCUGCUUCCUGCUGCUGCCCUCGAUUGUGUUCGGUGUCUCUAUGGCAGGCUGGCGGGCCAUGGUGGGUGUGGGGGCCCCUUUUGGGGCAUUGCUAGCCUGUGUUACCCUGGUCAACCUACUCCAAAACCGGAGCCCUACCCGGCUACCCAAGUGGCUCCAGACUUGGGAUUUCCUUCCCUACUGGAUGCAUUCACUGAAGCCCCUUGACCGGCUAAUCACUCGGGCUACCCUCUGCUGCACCCACCCUGAGCCACGCUCCCCACCACUGCCUACCCGAGUUUAUCUGGAGGAGCUCCCCACAGCCACACUCCCACGCCUUGGGGUGCUCCCCCCAGACACACCCUCCCCACGCCUUGGGGUGCUCCCCCAGCACAAUGCCACUAGGCUCUAAUGGGUGGUCCAAGGGGAAUUCCUGAGUCACUCCUAGCAGGGACUCAUUCCAAAACACAUUUAUGUAUGUUUGGGUGUGUGCAUGGGGGUGUACGUGUCUGGAUUGGGGGCACAGUUAGUGUUUGUGUAUAUACACAGACAUAAAAUAUUAGAACUGGAAAAGAUUUUCCUUAGUCCUACCACCUCUUUGAGGAAACUGAGGCCCGGGAACCAGAAAGAGACUUUGUGCCCGAAGUCACACGACUGGUUAGCGGUGGAGUUGGGAUUAAACAGAGUUCUGCCUCUUGGCUCAGGACGUGAUUAGGCCACUCCA